UGGUUUAGAACCUUGUCCAUCAAGCCUCAGAUCAGCAUCCGGAAUCAGAAAUAUUGUUCAAGGUAGAAGAAGACUGCAAGUGCCAGUCUCCCAAAGCUUGCCUUGCAAGUAAGUCGGAAAAAAUGUGUAAGAGUCGGAAACGAUAUUGACCAACGCCACGUCUUCAUUCUCUGCAAUUUUGCAGUCAGCUGCAGCUCGUGCUUGGACACGACAUGCCGAAUACCAUGGCUCUCUUCUGCCCGACAAGAGGCCUGCUGGGAUGUCUAGAAAAUCGCGUUCUGACGAAUUGUUCCUGCGGCAACCUCAGACACCACGUCGAGGUCAGUAUGUCAUACCCAUAGAUCCCAAUUCCAUCUCUGUAAGGGAGGCUUUGUGGAAGGAUCCAGGUCGUGCAGAGCCAGUGUAUAUUCCAAAUCCUCCCUCUGAACCCGCUACCUUCGUCAGUACCCACUCCCUCACCGCCGCGCCGAUACCUCACCUACCGACUCCCACCUCUUGUGAGAUGUUCUAUCAAAAUCUUCUGGACAUGCAUAAUUACUCGCACGCAUCACUCACUGCACUCGUCAACUAUCAUUUCUCAAACCCUCGGAACACGCGUCUCCUUCGUUCAACUCGUUCCUUCAAUUUCUUGGUUUCUCUUGCGUUGAGACAAGCGGCUUUUGGUACUGCGGCGCGUCUUCUCAAUGCCAUGAAAGCCGAGUCGGUCCGCCCAAAUCUCGAAACGUGGAAAUUAACUGUCAGGUGGUUGGUACGGACUGGAAGAUGGGACGAGGCUUUGGGGCGUGUUGAACGUAUUAUGAGAAGAGAGCAGUGGCCAGAAGAAUUGGGCUUACGAUCUGGGCAUCAGGGCGGACUACCAUUACCUUUGUGGAUGGAGUUUUUUGGUUCUCUGAAACGCGGUGCUCUGCGACGGUGGGUUAAAAUUCCGCAACAGCGAGGUGAACCUGGAUGGAAGUCUGCGAACUUCAGACACGUGGUCUUGCGACCAUCCACGGUCUCUGGCCCAAUGCAGGUUGCCCGCUAUCGUUCUCUUAUGAACAUGUUUCCACUUGUUGCCUCGCCCGAAUAUUCUCAGCUGCCACCAAGGGCCGUCUUUUUCAUCGCGGAGGCCAUGAUUCAGUUGGGAAACCGCGUCAAGGCGCUCGAAUCUACUUCGUUGUACUUCCAAACGCUCCCCAGGAGACUCAACCGCAGACAGCAACACGCAGUGUUGGAUAUCAUUCACCUACACAUCAGGGCCGUAACUGAGAAAUCAGGACUCGCUCGACAUUUUGCCCAACGUCGUGUCAUCUCCCAUUUACUUUCGGCUCAUCCUGGGAUCCGACCAUCGUCAAAAACUCUAUUUUUAACCCUUGCAAGUCUCCGGUCUUGCAAGCGGUGCGGGACUGUCGCUAUGAAGUGCCUCAAAACCUUUCGCACGCGGUGGGGCCCGCGCACAGAAUCCAGCGUUGUCAGGCGGCGGAUCGCUAGUCUCUCCAUCAAAGAAGGACGUCUUGAUAUCGCCGCGGUCAUGCUCGAAUCUGAGCGAACACUUUACUUGCAGAAGCAAUUAUGGCGAACGCAACGGGACAUUACGGGAGGGCCAUCCCCUCGGGCUUUUACUAGGUUACUCAGACGGCCAACUGGAAAGAUUUUUCAUGGAAGGGGAGUCGAGAAUUGGAAAUGGCAGGCAUUGAAGAGGAAGCUUUCCAAGCUGAAGCAAAGAAGAGUCGAGGGUUGUGCAGUGACGUACCGAGUAACUUAGCCAGUCGUUGUAGAUUUAUUUGGAACUCCGAGGCGAAGUCAAUGCACCCAUACAUAGAGAUC